AUGGUAGGACAGAUAGAUGAAAAUUCUAUCAAUGAAUCUAAAUUAUCCCUGUGUCAGUUUGCUGUUCCUCUGCUGCUGCCCAACCCUGAAACACAGCAAUGCACUCUGAUGCUGUGGGCCAUGAGGGACAUUGUUAAGCAAUUUAUACCUCACCCUCCUGGUGACUCAAAAGAGUAUGUGGAGAAAAGUAUUGUAGAGACUGAGCUCCCAAUGGUGUCUUUUGUUAGAUUCAGAGAUAGCAGCUUGUCAAAGUCUAAGGUUUUAAAUGAUCUCAGUAAUUCCCAACAGACCCACAACACAUUUGUUCACCGUAACAUGAGAGCUGGGAACAUCCCAAAGACGAUAUCUGAUGGUUUAGUAGAAAUAAGCUGGUACCUGCCAAGUGGAAUCCCGAACAUUGACGUCUUCCCUGAACCUGUGGCUGUAGCUAAUCUUCGUGGAGAUAUUGAGGACUUUCCAACCCAGUUCAAGUUCCUCUGUGAAACAUCAGCUGCAAUGUUUGUGUUUUGUGAUGAUCUGGAUGUCAAAUGUAUUCCAGACCUUAGUCAACUGAAACUGCAACUCUUCAUUGUCUGUGACUUUCAAUCUGGUUUAAAGAAAGAAGCUGCAGAGUUCCAGAAAUACAACGUUGAGAUUAUAGAAAAGAGAAAAAAUAUGAAUGAAGCAGAACUUGUGGAUAAGAUUUGUUCUGAAGUGAAAAAGGUCUUGAAAUCAGACCACCUCAAAAUUAAAGUGGAGAGUAUGGUGGAUGUUGCAUCUCAGUUGUCUAUCCCAGUGGAUGAAGAAUGCAGUCCUUGUGACACAGCAAAGUAUAGAGCAGCCAGAGUAACAGAGAACAUCAAACUACCUUUACAAGGGACAACUUGGAAGGAACUCACUAGACUGGAGAAAGAACAAUGCAUACUUAAAUUAGCAGGAGAUGAAAAACAUGAAAGCAAUAAGACUGAACAAAGGAGGGAACAGGUGAAAAUUGGCAUGAGUGACAGCGUCAAAUGGUUCAUUGAGGGUUUGAAAAGUCCAGAAGAAGAACGAUCUUAUUUCCUCAAGUGGAUGAAGAUCAUCCUGGACAACAUAUCAAGAGCAAAACAUUCUGAACUUAUGAAGAGAGACCAAAGACAGGCAUUUCCUGAGGGUCACCCUGACACCAACAUGAAGGAACUUGUUGACAGAUCCUUGGGAACAGAACACUUCCUGAGAGAAGUUGGUCAGCUGUAUGAAGCAUCUAUGUGUGUUCCUGAAACCACUGACCUUAAACAUCAACUUCAAGAACUGCCAACAAUCUGUGCUGAUUUAAUGUUGGCUGGCUUUCCAUUGGAACUCAUGGAUGGGGAUGUGUCUAACAUCCCAAUGAGGUGGGUAACCGAUGUCCUGAAAGAACUUGACUCUCUCAUCCAACUCAAUAACAAGAUUCGAGUGGUUACAAUUCUAGGGUCCCAAAGCUCAGGGAAGUCCACUCUUCUUAACACCAUGUUUGGUGUUCAGUUUGCUGUCAGCAGUGGAAGAUGCACCCGAGGAGCCUUCAUGCAGCUCAUCAAGAUCAAACAUGAGUUCAGAGAUGUGAUCAAAUGUGACUUCCUAAUGAUCAUCGAUACAGAGGGUUUGAAGGCUGCACAGUUGUUAGACUUAACUGACAACUAUAAACACGAUAAUGAGCUGGCCACGUUUGUGGUAGGACUGAGUGACAUAUCCAUUGUGAACAUUGCUAUGGAAAACCACUCAGAUGUGAGAGAUCUCCUGCAGAUCGUAGCUCAUGCCUUCCUCAGGAUGUCUCAGAAAGAAUCAGGGAAGAAGCCCGGUUGUCUGUUUGUGCACCAGAAUGUGCCGGAUAUCUCUGCUCCUCACAAAAACCGUAGGGAUCAGAAGCUCCUUUUAGAACAGCUCAAUGAAAUGACAAGCGUUGCAAGCAGGAUGGAACAUUUGGGUAAAGACUUGGUAUUCACUGACAUCAUCAACUACAGAGCAGAGGACACCUGCUACCUGCCAGGUCUGUGGUAUGGAAGUCCACCCAUGGCUCCAGUCAAUCAAGGCUAUAGUGAAGGUGUGGCCAAAGUCAAGAGCUAUUUAAUCCAAACAUUUUCUAAUAAAACCGAAGCAGCAGAAACAUUGCUGGAUUUCAGCAAGUCUGUGAAAGAUUUAUGGGAUGCAGUAAAGUGUGAGAACUUCCUCUUUAACUUUCGCAACAGCCUGGUGGCUGAAGCAUACAGCAAGCUUAGUGCAGAGUUUAGCAGUUGGGAAUGGGACUUCCAAAAGCCGAUUUCCAUUUGGCUGUUGGAGGCAGAAACUAGAGUGGCAAACUAUGGUUUGAUUGACUCUCAAGAAGAGAAUCUCCUUGACAAAUUUGCAGAAGAGUUAAGAACUGAAGCUAACCUUCAACUUGAGAGACAUGGAAAUAUUUUUGUCAACAAAGUGGCUGAAUACUACAAAACAGGUGCAAAUUUGCGACUGGUUGAGAAGUACAAGAAUGAAUUCCACAUUGAUACAGAAAGCAGAAAGAGGAGGAUGGCCAAGACAGUGGAGAGAAGAUUAGAAGUUGCUGUGGAUGUGAGAAAAUGCACAUUUGGAGUAGACAGAAUUACAAAAAACAAUAAAACUAUUAUGGAGAAAAAUGUUUCUGAACUUGUUGAGUGUUGUCGAGGUAAACAGAAAAUGACCGUAGAGCAAAUCGAACAAGAAUUUGAAAAGAUGUGGACUGAAACUUCAGAACAGCUCUCAUUUAAAUGUCAUGAGACUCAAAAUGUUCCAGCACUGAUCACCACUGAUCUUCAUGUUAACUUGACAAGGGAAGGUCCCAAAGUCCAGGAGAUGCUAAAUAAAUCAAAGCCUUUAGAGAACUGUGGGAAAGAUGCAUUUAAAGUGAACAGGGAACACAUAAUUAAGAAGCUAUUCAAUAAGAAUUUUUCAAAGAGCACUUUUGAGACUGAAAAGGUUCAAGACAUGGCCAAUGACACCAUAAACCAGUGUCUGACAUUUGUAGCAGGAAAGGUGAAAGAAAAAACUGACUACCACCCAGCUCACACCAUGGAACUACUGGAAUUAAUUGAAAAUAACCUGAAAAAACACUGUGAGUUGGACAUAAGUCCUAAGAUUGCUGCAGCUCUGAAAAUACACAUCUGUGGGCAUGCAGCGAGGGAAUUUCAGAGCAUGCAUGAAGCUUUCAUCAAAGACAAAGACCCAGAAAGAAACUUUUUGGCGUUGAAGCCCCAGUACUGUAAUGACUUCAAAGGCCUUUACUACCAGAAAGAAACGAGGAAAGAGUACAAAAGAAAGGCCAAAUAA